AGUUCUUUACCUCUUUCAUCCAUUUUAUAUCCUGACUCAACAACUCUCAACCUCCUAUAUAUCGUAUCCUAGUGAUCAACAGCGACACAAUGGCACCCGUGACGCGCUCGAAACGCAGCCAUCCAGUUCAAAACGAACAAAUAGACGAGUCGCCACCCAAGAAACGUUCGAAAUACUGCUACUCGGAUGAUGAGGCGGAGGGGGAUCUCUACAUCCCCAAUCCCUCUGAUUCCUCAUCACUCGCAGUACCUCGUCGUCGAAAUGUGCGAGGUCGACGAGGAAGUCUACAGGAACUACCCAAUAUGCCGAUGGAUAUCAUUGACGAGAUUUUCUCUCACAUGCUUUCCGGUGACUUACUUACUCUUACGAGAACUAGCAAGCCGUUUCGUAACCUUUUAAUGAGUCGCGAGUCUGCUCCUUACUGGAGGGCCGCACGAAGGAACGUUGAAGGCUUGCCUGACUGCCCUAGAUUCCUUACGGAGCCAGAAUAUGCGAGCCUAUGUUUCGACUCAUUCUGUCAUAAUUGUUUUGCCCCAAAUGUUCACAAUGUCUUAUGGUACUUCCAGGUUCGAUACUGCAAGAAGUGUCAGGAUCCAGAUGCUGGCGUUAUGGUGGAUCGAGCAAGGGACUACUUUGGAACAAUGCUCCCGGCUCUUGGUUACAAGAUAAAACAAGAUAUAAAACAACAUCGCUAUCAUGCGUACCGGAAUUCCAUCCCCGGCAUGUCGUACCAGUUAGCUGACAUAGAUGCCGCCAAGACUGAGUACAAGGCAUGUAAGACUGAGGAGGAAAAAGCGAAAUGGCUCACCAGACGUCGAGAGUCCCUUGAGGAAGUGAAAAAGUGGGCAGACGCUUGCGACCAAUGGUACAAGGCUCGUCGGGAAGCUCGUUCGGAUGAAAUAAGUCAUGUCAAGCAGACCAGGCUGGCAGCGGUUAUUGCGAACUUGCGAGAGAUGGGAUGGGGUGAAGAACUUGACCAUAUGGCUUCAGCGGAACGGCAUCCACUAUCUACCUUACAGCAAGUGAAGCAAUUGAGGCCGCUCACAGACCGAGCAUGGGCCAAUAUGAAGGACGCUGUAGUUACCUUCAUGCAAGAGACAAAGAAACUCCGCCUCGCAAUGGCUCGAAAGGCUCUUUUCAAAUCCCGGAUCUCCGCUUUGGGGGCCGCUUCAGACGUUUUUCGAAGAGACUUUGGUCAAGUCUACCCUUCUCUUCGUGAACUCGCGUCUUUCCCCGAGGUACAAGCUAUCAUUGAAUCCCCUGCUGAAGUGUCUAUCACUGUAGCUAGUUUCGAUCCUCUUGGAGAACUUCUCCCAGCUCUUGUCUUGCGCUGGCAAGAUGUCAUCAAACAGCGUGUCCUGGAACAUCUCCGACGCCAUGUCACCUUCGCCGUUUCCGACGAUUUUGAUAUUUUCAAGAUGGCUGCAACUGCUACUUUUGCAUGUGAUCAUCCUGGAUGCAGACUCGAAAGGCUUUCAACUUUUCCCAACAUACUCACCCACAGCUGUUUCAACAAGCCAAUGCCUCGGGAUGAUGCCGAUGCUGAUUGGACCACUGAAUUGGACUACGAAACGCGGGUGACUGCAACAUUAACCAGGAACUCUUGGUCUGCAUAUUACCUGGAGUUUCCGAUGCAGUUGGUAGAGUACGCUAUACGCACUUGUGGAAUGGAUCCCUCGAAGGCUACUAUUGAAGAAAUGGACGAGGCCGCUACAAGAUUUCGUUGUGUCUCCCACGGCUGUGAAGGUGACCACGUCCGAAUGCUAUUCUCUUGGAGAGCUGCGGUCGAACACAUGUACUGCAAACAUCAUUACUGGAGAAACGAACCGCAAAAGCUUGUCGAAGCAAAGCCCGAAGAAGCCGCACAGAUAGCGCACCUCGAGGUCGCCGCUCAAGAAGAGUUGUUUAAGCAUGGUUGGGUUCUCCAUUCUUGCGCCCACUGCCCCGAACAGUGUUGGAUAGAUGCCAAAUGGAAACUACAAAAUCAUUUGCGAUCACGACACGGAGUUGACGAACCAAAUGAUACGGACAUGAUCCUCAUCAGAAAUGGUUCCCUGCACAACGCCCCCUUCUACAUAAUCUCAAACAAAGUCAACAAAAGGUCUCGCCAAGUUCACCGCGAUGCUAAGUUAGCUCUGAAAGACGGUCGCGCUGUCGUUGGGAAACUCAGCACUUAUCGCUGACACCCCGUAGUUAUCAUUGACUACAUUCAGCUCCGAUAGUUUAGCACGUCCAUGUCGUAUUUGGUUUAAUGUAUCUCUCCAUAUCGUCGGUCUAUAGAAUAUAUCCGCAUUGCCUGUUCAAUAGCUCAUCGGGCAAACUGCUGUCCUGUCC